UAAUUCCAUAAUUCCACCGAAACUCCACAGAAAUUCCACCGAAAUUCCACAUCCGGGGCUCCGCGCGGCCCCGCCCCCGCGGCGUUUCCCGCCCUCCGCGGCCGUGAGGGGAGCGGGGGGGGGGCCAUGAAGUGCGUGAUCGGGGGCGCGCAGCUCCGAGUGUUUGGAAGAGCAAUACAUGCCAUAGCACGGAUUAGUGAUGAAUUUUGGUUUGACCCCGUAGAAAAAGGACUUGCCUUAAGAUCAGUGAAUUCCUCGAGGUCAGCAUAUGCAUGUGUGUUCUUCCCAUCCAUGUUUUUCCAGCAUUACUGCUGGACAGCUGUGUCCCAGCCCUGCCAGAAGGAGAAGCAGUUAUCCCUCCCCUGUAAAUUGAUAAUUAAGUCAGUUCUCCCUGUGUUUAGAUGUGUAAAUGUGCUGGAAAGGAAUGUAGAGAAAUGCAGCAUCUCCACCAGCCCCAGUGAGCACCACAUCACCUUUCAGCUGCUCUGCAGGCACGGUGUUGUAAAAACCUAUAACCUGACAUUUCAGGAGUGUGAUCCCUUGCAGGCUGUUUUUGCAAAGCACAUGUGUCCAAACAUUCUUAAAGUCCACUCCAGGCUGCUGGCUGAUGUGAUGAUCCACUUCCCAACCAGUCAGGAAGAAAUAACCUUGUCUGUAACUCCAGUGAAAGUUUGUUUCAAGAGUUACACUGAGGAAGACACUGACUUUUCAAGGACAAUGCUUACUGAGAUACAGCUCAGUCCAGAGGAAUUUGACUACUUUCAAGUCGGAGUAGAUUCUGAAGUGACAUUUUGCCUUAAAGAAUUGAGGGGCCUGCUGGCGUUUUCCGAAGCCACGAGCGUUCCCGUGUCCAUCCACUUCGACAGAUGUGGGAAACCCAUUGCUUUCAGCAUUGAGGACCUGCUGCUGGAGGCCAGCUUUAUCCUGGCUACCUUGUGUGAGGCUGAGAAGGAGGCAGCUUCUGCAGAGCCUGCCUGCUGCCCACGGCCCUGGGACAGCUCAAGGACUGGCAUGGAUAAAUCUGACCAGGCCUCCGUGGAUGGAGCCAGCAACGCAGUCACAGCUGCUUCCAAAAAGCCACAGCAGAAGGGAACCACUCCGAGCAUGGACCCUGCAAAACCCCCGAGUGCUUUGGCAAAAAAACAAGAGCUACAAAAUAUUCCCAGAGGCACGGAGAGGGAUGUGCCAGGCAGAGCAGGAGCAGCCACGGCCGAGGCAGCGGGAGGAGAGGCCACAGAGGCUCCUUAUGCCAAGUUCCACUCCUUAUUCUUUGGAGCUGUCUCUUACAAGGAGAAGGAGGCCAUUGGUGACACCUUCCAGAGUUUGGUGACAGCCAGUGACACUGAGGAGGAGUUGGGUGCCUUGCAGAGCUCCCCAGUUCUGUAGUGCAGGGCUCGGGGUCCAAGGACAGACAGUGGGGAGUGUCCAGGAGGGAAGGGCAGGGCAGGCCCUGCCUUUGUCACUGGUGCUGCGACCCAGCAGCACAGAACGUUCUGGAGCUGUCAGUGCUCUUGUAAUGGCACAGAUUUAGGUCACGAUUAACUCCGUUGAGGUUUGUGUGUUCUGCAGGAACUGCUGGGGGUUCUGCUCUCAGAACACUCUCACUGGAGAGAGGCUCAGCUUCAAUUCAAACUCUGUUACCACAUCGGGCAAAUGAAGCUGCUGUUCUGGUUAAGGGUGCUGGAAAAAUAACCCAACCGUGCCCUCUGUCACAGCCAAACCCAGCCCAGCUCCAGCAGAACUCAGGGUUUUACAGAGACUCUCUAGAACCAGCCUUUAACUGAAAAACCAAAGUUGUCACAGAACUGCAUUUUAAAAAAUAAAGGUUUGUGUUUCAGA